AUGGCGGCUGCGCUGACAGCCAGGCUCCCCGGCAGUUCUGUCUCUUCGCUGCGCAGUGACUGUGCCCUGGCCUGGAGCCCUCCCUGGGCAGCUCUGCAUCGCAGCGCCGCGUCUCUCCCAGAUUCUUCUCAGAUCUUGUCCAGUGCUACCUGCUACAGUUAUUGGGUCUUGGUACUUCUGCCCGUGGGUGUGGAGGUAGCAGGACCAUUGACAUUCAUGGAUGUGGUAAUAAAAUUUUCUCCAGAAGAGUGGCAAUUCCUGGACACUGCACAGCAGAAUUUAUAUAGGGAUGUGAUGUUAGAGAACUACAGAAACCUGGUCUUCCUGGGUAUUGGUGUCCCUAAGCCAGAUUUGAUCACCUGUCUGGAGCAAGGAAAAGAGCCCUGGAAUAUGAAAAGACACAAGAUGGUAGCCAAACCCCCAGUUGUGUAUUCUCAUUUUGCCCAAGACCUUUGGCCAGAGCAGGGCAUAAAAGAUUCUUUCCCAAAAGUAAUACUGAGAAGAUAUGGAAAAUAUGGACAUGACAAUUUACAAUUAAGAAAAGGCUGUGAAAGUGUGGAUGAGUGUAAGAUGCACAAAGGAGGUUAUGAUGAACUUAAGCAAUGUUUGAUAACUACCCGGAACAAAAUAUUUCAGUGUGAUAAAUAUGUAAAAGUCUUUCAUAAAUUUUCAAGUUCAAAUAGCCAUAAGAUAAGACAUACUGGAAAUAAUUCUUUCAAAUGUAAAGAAUGUGGCAAAUCAUGUUGCAUGCUUUCACACCUAACUCAGCAUGAAAGAACUUAUACUAGAGUGAAUCGUUACAAAUGUAAAGAAUGUGGCAAAGCCUUUAGUAUGCCCUCAAGUCUUAAUAAUCAUAAGAGAAUUCAUACUGGAGAGAAACCCUACAAAUGUGAAGAAUCCUUUAAAAUAUAUUAA